UUUAAUGUUGUAAUUACUGUAUCGAAAUAUUUACCGUUGUCUUUAGCAGCAACUGGCUGAUUUAUGGUCAUGGUCAAAUAUAAAUUUUCCCCGUUAUUGGUUAUCUCUUAAAUUCGUAGUAUGAGACUGAGAGCUCAUAUUCCAUAGAACAAGUUACACAUUUCUUAAUAGCCUAUCAGAAAAAUUAUACUGACAACUCUUUACAAGAGCUGGUAGCUUUGGACUGACCAGUUAAAUAACCAUUUUGAUUUCACCCCUAAAGGUCUGGAAUUGUAUUCAUUGCAUUUUCUAAUGGUUCUCCCGAAUAUUUUGUGGUGGGGGAAGGGGAGUAUUUGGUUAGUAAAUAAUAGUGGUUAAUAACAGUAUCUAAUGAUAGGAGGUGACUUGUGGAAGAUAAAUCACAGGAAAGACACGAGCGCUCAAAACCUACAGAUUUAAUAGUGAACACAUCUCAAACGAUACAGAAAUCAAUAACAAGGCAAUAUACUAGACCUAUCGAAGCCUGAGCUAGAAUGGUGUAAAAUCCAAAAAGAUUUUAAAAAAAUGUUCUAAAUAAUUUACAUACAUCUGCCUCCCGUAGAUUCAUUUGCUCUCAGAAAUCAAUGGGACAUACAAAGGAUUCUAUUUAGAUAAGUCUUUCUUUGAUGAUUCAAUGUUAACGUGAACAUACAAAAAUCAUUUCAUUCCUAUUUUGAUUAAGAUAUAAUUUUCCAUGACACGAAGUCCCUUCAGUUAUCUAUGGGUAACCCAUAGAUUAUACCUGUAGAAUAUUACGGCUCUGAACUUACAAAACACUUAACAAUACCAGUGAGCCAAUUGUUUCGAAAUAUUAUGGCAUAAAAUGAUAAAUAAUGGCUAAAACAACAAAAAAAAAGAGUUAGGCAUAUACAACCGACCGUAGAUAUCAACACAAGGGUAACUGGCAACUGUUCCGGGAAAUCCGAUCUGCUCACGUGACCAUUUAAUAAAUUUAAAUGAACACAGCACUCAGGUGAACUGGAAAAUGAUCAGACGAUUACAUUAAUACCUAAUAAAUCAUAAUAAUGAGUUCAUGCUUGCCAAAAUAACAAUUUUGUAUAAUCGAAUAGAAAAAUGGUCGCAUCAAACAGCGGCAUCUCGCAACGUUCCGCAGCCGUCUCUUGUAAGGCAUGACAUGAAAUUCACGUCACUUCCUCGCUGAGCGUAAGCUCGAUCAAGCUUGAUUUUGAUUGGUUCCUGGACCCUACUCUACGAUAGAUGAACGUUUGAAUUCUUUUCUGUUGAGUUAUUUAUUUUGUAGUUUUCUAGAAAAGUCCCGAGUGACUUUCUCGAUCACAAAUACAGUUCAGACUUACCAAGGUGUGACGGUACAAGAUAUUAGUGAUUUUUAAUAGAACGGGAGUGAAAUAAUAAGGUGUGUAUAUAACUUACGUUCUGGAUUUAGACACUGCCUCCGCCAUGAGCUCCCAAGAACUCCCCAUAAAAUUUGAGGAGCUGAGCGAGGAGGAGCUCUCCAAGAUGACGAUUCGAAGGGCCAGCGGGGAGAAGCGGCUCGUCAGGUGUUCCCCAGGAGGAAUUCUGCUUCCUUUCACAUUCGUCAGACUGGCGAGGAACUUCCACGACUUCGAGUUCGGGAGCGAGGACGUGGUGGUGGCGACAUUCCCGAAGAGCGGGACGGUGUGGAUGGGUGAGAUCCUGUGGGCUAUGACCCACUUCGACAGCCUCGCCACCAUGGAGACCUCCGCCAUCAAUGCCAGGUCUUACUUCUUCGAUCUGGAUUUCUUGCACCCUCCAAGCAGCAGCGACUACUCGCCCCUAAUCGCGGCAUUCCAGGAGAAGUGCCCCGGGCAUCAGGUCGACGAGGGUAUCAUGUUGCAGUUGGCCAAGGCUGAUGAGCGUCGUAGGGUCAUUAAGACGCAUCUACAGUUCCACUUCUUCAACGACAGUCUGCUCUCCAAGAGUAAGGUGGUCUACGUCGCUCGCAAUCCCAAAGAUGCGUGCGUCUCUCUCCACUACUUCUUGAGCCAGAAACUGGACACAGUGGUCGAAGGAGGGUUCCCUGCCACUGCUGAGUCUUUCAUGAAAAACAGCAUGACCUUCGCACCCUACUGGGGUCACCUGCAGCAAGCAUGGAAGUUGAGGGACCAUCCAAACGUCCACUUUGUUUUCUACGAGGACCUUAAGGCCGACAUCAUAGCGGAGCUGGGAAAACUGAACGAGUUCCUCGGUUUGAAUCUUAAGGAAGACCAGUUGAAAAAAGUGGUUGAAGCCACCAGCUUCGAAAACAUGCGAAAGAGGGACCAGGAACGGCCCCUCACCAGGAUGGAAGGGAGUUUCUUCCGCAAAGGGGUCGUCGGGGACUGGAAGAACUUGGCAACUCCAGAGCUCGAUGCACAGAUGGACCGAUGGAUCGAGGAGAACUCCAAAGAUAUGGGCAUUAAAUUUAGAUAUUCGUAGGCUCGUAGGGUUCCCCCAUGCUGGUUCCAACACCUUUGUUCGCUCUUGGCGAUUGAGGAAGACAGGUAACUCCAUAUUUUCAUGCCCACUUGGCCUAUGGAGAACUCUGUAUAUAUGGGCAUUUGAUUUGCUAUUAGAGGACUUUCUAAGUGCGCGGGGCCUGAUUUGGUAGGACCAAGGGCUUUGCAGACUGGAACAAGGCAUCAUAAAGCUGGAUUGAUUUGGGAAGACCAGUGUUUGAUAUGAGAUAUUUCCUCACUCUUUAUAGACGCAAUGUUUAAAAUUCUGUUUUAUUCUUGACUCCUAAACCAUUUGAAUUUAUAAAGAUCAUUAGAUCAUAUGUGGUUAAUAACGUGUUAAGAGCUCAACGGCCAAUAAAGUAAUUUCCUCUUUA